AUAUAAAUAAUAAAAAUGAAUCAAAACUUAAUUAUGUGUGACUCAACCGCACACAGUUCAUUAAUGGCGGGGACUCAACAAGAAGCUCUUUGAACUUUGAGUGUGUGUGUCAACACCGUCGCUAAUCGUAUCACCCUCAAUUAACUUUACUUCUUACUACUGGAUAAAGCUCCUCGGAGGGGGGACAGAGUCAGGGGGAGAGAGGGUGAGAGGAGAGGGGAGGAUUUCAGUGUGUGUGCCCCCUACCCUACCCCAUCCCUCCUCCACCUCCCCCCCUAUCUCUUUACAGGACUGCCAGCCCGUCUAGAGUUAUUCCAGGAAUGCGUUGAACAUGGCUGCCGCGAUGAAGGCGCAGAAAACGGGACUGCUGGAACUUCGAGUGACCGUGGACCGCUGGAUCCGGGUGUUGGGUACUCUAACCGAGGACACGCUGGCAGUAAACCCCGGGGAGGGUGCAGAGGAGCCCGCAAAGCCCAGCCCGAGUCCCGCCGGUGCUAUCAACGGAGACCCCCCGAACCUAAGCUCGUCCCCGGUCCCGGAAACCAUCACCAACGUGAAGCGCACCGUGCGAGUUACCAAGCAAGAUGUUGGAGGACUCGGAAUCAGUAUCAAAGGUGGGAAGGAGAACAAGAUGCCGAUCCUCAUCUCCAAGAUUUUUAAGGGCCUGGCUGCUGACCAGACCGAGGCGCUUUAUGUUGGCGAUGCCAUAUUGUCUGUCAAUGGUUUUGACUUACGGGAGGCCACACACGACGAGGCUGUGCAAGCGCUGAAGAAAACUGGCAAAGAAGUCAUCCUUGAAGUGAAGUACAUCAAGGAGAUGUCGGCCUUCUUUAAAAACUCGGGGUCCCCCGGGGCGGCCCUCCCGUGGGAAUCUCCCCCCUCCACACCUCAGAGGGGCACCGAACUCUCACCUGAGGCGAAGGAGCCCCGCAGCAUCCCGCUGAAGUUGUGCCAGGUGACACGAAAACAGUGCCCCCCGGACACAGAAAACAGGUAUUUCGAGGUGAUUUCAUCCAACAGAAAGAACUCUGUGUUCCUGCGGGCAAAAGACCCAGCCAUGGCUCAGUCCUGGUACAAUGCCAUCCAGGCUGGUGCUGCCAACCUUUUACCCCGAGUGAAGGAGGAGAUGAAGAGCAUGCAGCUUGGCAUGGAGGUCAAACAUCUGGGCUGGAUUACAGAGCAGGUGACCCAGGGUCCAGAGAAACCAGUACUGGCUAUGUUGACUGACAAAGACCUGCUCCUGUAUCCCUCCCUGCCUGAGAGCAAAGAGAGCCUCAGCAACCCCACCAAGAGUCACCCGCUCAUUGCUACCAGACUGGUCCACUCUGGCCCAGGAAAAAGUUCUCCUCUCCUGGACUCUGAUCUCUCAUUUGGCCUGCGCUCGGGCACUAAGCAAGGCGUGGAGACCCAUGUGUUCAGGGUGGACUCUGCCAAGGAGCUGUCCACCUGGACUCAUCUGCUGGUGGAGGGUUGCCAUAAUGCUGCUGAGCUCAUCAAGGAGGUCACCACGGCCUGUAGUUGGAAUGGGAAGGAGUGUACCCUGGGAGUCCACAUUGAUGAGGGCUUCACACUAUUCACAGAAGAGUUGGGUGUCAGGAAAAGUAUUCUGCUUCAGCAGCCCUUUGAGCGCCUAAGAAUGUCCUCAGAUGAUGGAGUUCGCAUGAUGUUCCUCGACUUUGGAGGCCCCGAAGCCGAGAUUCAACUGGACCUCCAUGCCUGCCCCAAGACCAUAGUCUUCAUCAUCCACUCCUUCCUGUCUGCGAAGGUCAAGCGACUCGGCCUCCUGGCAUGAUAACGGCCAACCAUCUAGAACAUCGACAAUAGGAGUAUUCAAUAAAACACACAGCCAGAAGACUCUGAGACACCAGAGGAUGUGGCCCCAGGAAAAGAUGCUGACUAACCCCUCCUUCUCAGCCCUCCUAGGCCUCUGAUCGUCUCUGGUCAGACACCUGCUGGUCUCUGUAGGGGAACGAAGAGAAAACUGCAACACUGAUGGACCUUUGUUGAACCUGUAGUUGUAAAGUAAAGAGGUUUUACAGAUGGCGUAAGUCAGCAGCCACUUAAGGGAUCUGACAUCUGUCAAGUCUGUUACGGUGGGUCAUCACACUUUCUGAUGGCAAACUGUGUGAAUGAAAAUGACAGCCUGCAUCUUAAUGUUUCGAAGCUUGAAGUCCCAAACAUUUUAUGUUGUUUUUGCCCCAUUGUUCAGUUCUGUUUUGUUUCAUGAGUCACGGCAGGCCUUUGUCAUGAGCAUCCUUUCAUCUUUCAAUCUUUGCUUUAUGCGCUGUGAGCAGUCACAACAAGUUAUUUCAUAAAAGUCCUGAUUGAUGUUGGACAAACUUUGUUUUUCCUUUUAUAAAGGCAGCUUCAGUGGAGUGACAGAAUGACAUGACUGAUAACUACACGAUCAAUAGUCUGGACUGAACAAUGUACAGAAUACAACUAUAUGCUCUUUAUGUGGAUUCUUAAGUUGCCUUUACCCUGAAUUUUCAUAAAAGAAGCGACAUAAUUUCUGCUGAAGACGACUUCUAAAUGCCAAAUCAAAUAUAGCAGCUGAAUUUCUUUUCUCCCCUCUGUCUGUCUUCUUCCCUGUUUUAAGUGUGCUCACCCAUGGCCUAACAAAGAGAAACAACUAACAGAGUAUAUUAUAAAAGGCUUUUUUUGUAAUUGUGUUUUAGUUUAACCAAUAAAUUAGAUAAAAACUUAUAAUUUUCCUAACAUAAAAAGACACCCUCUUUAAAUCUGGAUAGUCUUAGUCAGACAGUGUGACUGUGCAAUUUCAUAUCAGCUCAUGUGAAGUACAAACAAGAGCUCUUGUGUUUUUAGAGUCUUGCAGACAAAGGUUGUUCCGUAAUCACGUAUUGAUAGAUGACAAAGAGUCGUCUGAAAGAGCGCCAGUCCAGCUAAGCUACUUCUCCUGUAUUAUUGAGCUUUCAAGUAGAGUUUAGCUCUUAAUUAAACCAUUUUAUAGUGCAGUGUUUUCGUCUGUACUUAAUAAUUUAAUCAUGAGAGGGGACAAACGGUCCUCAUCAGAAACCACUAAUGGUCCAUUUUCUACACAAUUUGUCCAACAUUUAAAUAUGUUAAUUUACCAUAUAAAAAGAUGAGUUGUUUACAUCAUCAAGUGUUUGUUUUUUUCUUUUAUUAUUUGUGUCGACUGAACAUCCAAAUCUUAUUGGGGCCUUCUCUCUGUGUCCAACACUAAACAGACUUGUAUUAAUAUAUAUUUCAAAACUAAAACCUGUUUGCUUUCAAGAAUAAAAAUGUAUUGUAUAUUCUUAUUUAAACAAAGGUGUGCCUUGCAGGGUUGUUUGUAUAUAAACAUGUAAUAAACUUUGUUAACUUUUA